AUGAUUUCAAACAAAAAAAACGAGAAGAUUCGUAUUCUUGGUGGAAAUCAUGUGGAAAGUAUUCCUUCCUUGGAAUCUUCUAAAAAACGUCAGCUGCUUGAUUACUUGACUGAUGAUUAUGAGGAGAUGGUACUAGUGCAUGAAACCGAAGAAAUCAGACCAUGUAAUGACAAGUUGAAUUGGGAACCCUCCUUCAAACUUCGCAAAUUAGAUGAAAACGAUGAGAUGGAGUAUUUUGUAAACGAUAAAAACGAUGAAAACGAUGAGAAUUCUCAUCUUCUUGAUCUGAAGUCUCAUCCUCAAGUCCAUGAAUUAGAAGAAUCGGACGAAAGCUCAGCCAAAGGAGAAAAUCAGAGAAACGCAAGGAAGUAA